AUGGUUGGUGAUGAUGGUUGUGAUGUUGAUGAUGGUAAUGGUGGCGGUUAUGGUCCUAGUGAUGGUAGUGAUAGUGGUGACUAUGCUGGUGAUGAUGGUGGCGCGCUCGCCGAAGGUGAGGCGGCUCGGGCCCGCCCGGCGCCUGGCGCAGCCCCUGCCAAAGCACACAGUGCGCCCAUUAGGGCUCCGGAGCGCGCGAAACGGGUGGGGGGCGCGUGGCCCGGAGGCUUCCCGGCGCGGACAGGAGAAAGGACGGGCGGGGCAUGGGUAACGGGGGUGACGCCGGCUGCCCCCCAACAGUCUCCGCGCCCCCCUCGAGGGCCCUACUACCUCUCCCCUUCCCGCCCUGCCACUGCGCCGCCGCCAGGGGCUCAUGCUUGGAAAGGGAACGGAGCUCCGGAGCCGCCGCGGAUGCUGCGGGGCGCCCGUGCGUGUGUGUGCCGGAGGAGCUUGGAUGUGGGCCGUGCGGGGACCCCACCACGGGGCCGGAGCACCAGCACGGGCUCUCCCGGCGCGCGCCUGCAGAGGGCGCCCCGCAGGGCCCCCCACUGCCCGCCUCUGGGCGGGAGGAGGGGCUGGACUGAGAACCCAGACGGUAGCCGGUUCCCUCCGCGCCUCUCAGGGGGGUCGGGCGCAGCCCUGGGGCCGGAGCUCACCCGUAGUAGGACCGGGACGGCGUUGUCACACGUGUCACUGGAGAGGGCCUGCGUGGCGUCACGGUCCGUUCCCCGCGGCUGGCGGAGGCCUCGCGGUGGCAGGGUGGGGGCUUUGCCUCUUGGCUGGGCGGCUUUGCGUGGCUCAGUCAUUCCCACGGGGCUGGGAGGGGGAGCUGUUCUUGUCUCUCCUCGCAGAGCAGCGCUAGGCGUCGUCGGAAAGUUUCCUACCACUUGGGGGACGCAGGCGGAUCGAGGGCGAGCCACUGCUUCCUGGCUGGGCUGGCCAGAAAGUACGAGAAGUCUCGCCGGCCAGACGCGCCCUGGGCUUUACGCAGCAGUCACCCUAAACGCACACCCCCUUCGCCAGCCGAGAGGGCCACGGACCCGAGGCCGCCUAAGCAAAACGGCCCCGUGGACGUGGGCUGCGGGACCCGGGGAUCCUACAGGAGCGACCCGGGCUCCCCGGUCCCUCACCCGCACCCCUCGGCUUCCAGCUCAGCCUCCGCGGCGGGAACCUGCGCGCUGCCCGUGGGCAGCCCCCAGACCCAGGAAUGCGUCCACAGCGCCCACCCGCGGCCCCGAAGCGCUUCGGAGAGCGAUCUUAGGGGUUAACCAGCCCCCGACCUGAGAGGCACCCAGCCGGAAGCCUGGACCAGGGGACCCCAGUCCGCCGGUUUUCCCCAGCCGGACCUGCUAUGUGUUUAUCCCUCCGUCCCUCCAUCCCCGCAAGCCUACAUGCAUACAAAACAAAAUGUGCAGAUGCGGGCCACCCCCCCUCCAAGAGCUGCGCCGCGCCCUCGCUGUGGGCUGAGAGCAGGCGCCCCCUUCCACCUCUCCCUCCACCCGCGCAGCCCCGGCCCCCUCCCCGAAAGGAGAACAGCUCAAUUACGAAAAGGAGCGAAGGAACGAAAUCCCAGGCUCAGAAGCACCCGCCAAGGCUUCUUCGGUCCCCGCGCCUGUCGCGCAGUCCCCACCCCCACCGUCUCCAGCUCGGGGAGGGCGGGGACGCCGCGGGACGAGGGGUCCUGCCCUGCUCCGCUGGAACAAAGCCCGCCGCGGGAGCCCGCGGCAGCGCACCGAGCCGGUGACAAAGGCGGGCUGGCAGCGCCG